GUUCAGAUAACAGGGGAAACGAUCCUCUCCAGCAGAGAACAGCGGAUUUCUCGGUACACCGGCCGCGCUGAGCUCCUCUAAACACCGCAUUUUAACCGGAACCCGAGCCGCAAACACAGAAAACUUAUGGUGACGUUUUUAUUUUUCAAUUAAACAAGAUGUCAACCCCAGCACGACGGCGUCUGAUGAGGGAUUUUAAACGACUGCAGGAGGAUCCCCCAGCAGGAGUGAGUGGAGCCCCUUCAGAAAACAACAUCAUGGUGUGGAAUGCUGUCAUUUUUGGCCCGGAGGGAACACCUUUUGAAGAUGGAACUUUUAAACUCACAAUAGAAUUUACGGAAGAAUAUCCAAACAAACCCCCCACCGUCCGCUUUGUAUCCAAAAUGUUUCACCCUAAUGUUUAUGCAGAUGGUAGUAUAUGCUUGGACAUUCUUCAGAACCGCUGGAGUCCAACGUACGACGUUUCUUCUAUUUUAACAUCUAUACAGUCUUUACUGGACGAGCCGAACCCAAACAGUCCUGCCAACAGCCAGGCGGCUCAGCUGUACCAAGAGAACAAGCGCGAGUAUGAGAAGCGAGUGUCUGCCAUCGUGGAACAGAGCUGGCGUGAUUGUUGACCCAACCUUCCCGUCCCACCCAUCCCCACCCCGACAGUUCAGAGUUUGAACAAUGCCUGGCCUCGGCCAUCGAGAGGAACGCCGCUGCGCGAAGAAAGAAAUUAAAUACAAAUCAUGUUUUAAAUCUUCCUCUUACUCUGUAGAAUUGUCUGUUCUGUAGCUGUUGCAAAGUUGUGAGUGCUGUUGUGUUGUGGUCUCCCUCUUAAUGCUGAAUCUUAUACUCUUGGACACGGACGUUUCCUAACUCGACAGAAUGUACCUCGCUGCUUUUAGCGAGGUUUCAAUUUUUGUUUCCUCUUUUAAAACGUCUCCAAUCAGGAGUCGAUCCACAACUUGUGCUGUUUUUGGUUUUGGUUUGCUCCUGUUGUUUGGACUGGUUGAAUUUAGGGCAAGGGCAAGUGGUUGCUCAGGUUGUGGUUUCCAGUGUGAAUCUAGCUUUUAACAUCCCCUUAAAAAAUAAUUUUCUCUUUUCUUUUUUUCUUCAUCUUCACAGUCCAAUAUUCAAUAAAAAGCGCCAAGGAAUUGCAAGGUGGUCUUGCAGAGGGCAGGAUAAUCUAACCCAGUUAUCAAUCCCUGUGUUGUGAAUCACUUGUUAAAAAUAAGCUAAAGACACAACUCUUUGAGACGAAGAUGUACUAAGUUGUACUUGUGAAUGUUUUAGCUACUUUUAAAGCCUCAGAACUGUUCAUGUUUGAAGGUAUUUAAUACAAAAAGAGUAGUUUUUAUACCCGAACUGAUCUGAGAACUGGUGUGCUACUGUUCUGAAAGGAGCUUCACAUUACACUUCUGAAAUUUAAUUUUGCAAAGCUGUUUUAUGACCUUGGGAAUGUAACACAAUGGUACUGAUGUAUCACAGACUGUACACAUCUUCACCGUUCUUGCUCUGCAAGAUAAUUGGGUAUUUAUUUCAGUUAUAAUAAUUUGAUUGCAGUUUGUUUUAAAUUUUUUCACACAUGGAUUGUUGAUCCCUCUCCCUGGGCACAAUAUUGUUUUAUGUUUGCUCUAAAACAAUCUGUUUUACUUCAUGUGGGUCAUCUUUUUCUCGUUUUUCUUUUCUUUUUUCAAAUACACAUCCUGAGUUCGAGUGUCAGAUUUGCACUAGUAAUCCAUGUAAGAAACUGUAAAUUUUCUCACUUCUUGUAAAUAAACAGUAAAAUAAGCUAAAAUGUUUCGUCUUAAGAAAAAAAGCAAGACUGCAUGUUUAAAAACUAGGGAAAAAAAUGACACUGAACAUAAAACUUGGCAAUAAAUUAUAUGUACUGAUCUAUCUGAAA